CAAAGAUGCAUUCUCCGGGCCGGGCAUCCACGGUGUACGUGUUUCUGGUGUGCCUGUACGCUUUUGUAACGGCCGUGAUAGCGCAAAACAGUGUGGCUGUGGUUGCUGAUGAUGGGCUGACGGUACCCAUCAUCGUCAGUAUGACGCCACCGGCGCCACCCUCACGGGCACCAUUGCUCAAUGAAACGGAAUUGGUCGAUCUGAACCAGCCGAGAAGCAGCACGGUACCGUACGCUGCCACAAAACCCUCGUCCGAAGCACCGGUAUCGUUCGUUCCUGUGGACAGUAGCCUCAGUUCCAGCAGCAGCACCACCGCGGCAGCUGUACCAUCGCAGGGGACGUCCACAACCGAAGGUACAAUGUCGCCGGAGGAGAUCCAGAAACUGCUACUGCCACCGGCCACAGUGGAGGCGGACAUCUUGCACGUUAACGCGACGGAUGAUCACCGGCCGGAUGCUAAAUCUAGCGGCAAAGAUACCGACUGUCCCACACUGGAAGGAGCAGAUCACCUAUCACAGACGCAACUUCUUACCCGACUAACUCACGUCUGUCGCUACGAUCGGUUGGAGCGUCCUAAGCGAGAAUCGGUCAACGGUACAAAUGGUCCGGUAAAGGUAUACGCGCGGGCCUACAUUUACUUCAUGCAAAACUUAGAAGCUCACGAUUUGCAAUUUAAAAUUCACGCCCUGCUACAGUUCCGGUACGUCGAUCCACGAUUAGUAUUCAGGGAAGUGGCCCCGAACCGAACGAAACCCAUCAUGGGCGAACAGUCGUUGCGUGAUUUGCUCUGGGUGCCGCACGUCUUUCUAGCGAACGAGCGCAGCUCCGACAUACUGGGCACGGCCGAAAAGGAUAUUCUUACCUCGAUCUCACCCGACGGUACAGUGAUCGUGUCGACGCGUAUCAGUGCCACACUGUACUGCUGGAUGAACCUGCAAAAGUUCCCGUUCGAUGAGCAACACUGCUCGACGGUGCUCGAAAGUUGGAUGUACAAUGAGGACGAUUUGGUGCUGCUUUGGGAACAUAAGUCCCCUGUAACACUUGCACCAGAGCUGCAUCUCACCGAGUAUGUGCUGCUGGAGAUGUUUACCAACGAAACGGUUAUUAAUGCAGACCUUAGCGAUCUGCGCCACGGUGCUUUUGCUGGUAACUACAGCUCGCUCAGCUUCACCGUCCAUUUGGCCCGCGAAAUGGGCUUCUACAUGAUGGACUACUUUAUCCCAUCGAUCAUGUUGGUCGCGAUCUCGUGGGUAACGUUCUGGCUGCAGGCUGAUCAGUCGGCACCACGCAUUACGCUCGGUACCAGCACUAUGCUGACGUUCAUCACACUCGCCUCAGCACAGGGCAAAACGCUCCCGAAGGUCAGCUACAUCAAGGCAUCCGAGAUCUGGUUCCUGGGGUGCACCGGGUUCAUCUUCGGCAGCUUGGUAGAGUUUGCGUUCGUCAACACGAUCUGGCGCCGGAAGCGUAACGUGGAGGUGAAGAAGGUUAACAGCAAGCACGUGCUGAAGCAAGCAAUUACCCCACGCCCAGCCCGCAAGGACAUGAGCGGACUGCACAAAUCCCAUUCCUGCACAUCGUUGGCCGAUUCGGCCACUACCGUGUCGGCCAAUUCCUUCAACAACUAUCUUACCGUGCAUUCCAUCCCUCAGAAGAGUCCGAGCAGUGCCACGCUGCCCAUCAUUUCGACGACAGACGUCGACCGAACACCGACUGAAACCGUAACGAUACAGAUCGACGGCCAAGCAAGCAACGUCAAUGGAAAUGGUUGGACCACAAUGACACCACAAGAAGUUGCCAUCUGGAUCGACAAACGUUCGCGCUUCGUCUUCCCGAUCGCGUUUGUGAUCUUUAACAUUUUCUACUGGACGUUCGUGUACUACGUUUAGGUUCCGGGAAUGGA